UGUUUGGAUGAACUUUAGUACUAGUUUUUGUAUUAUCUAUAAAAAUUUUAAUCUUUUUUAUUUUUUUUAUUACCCAUAAUAAAUUUUAAAGUAAGAUUUCAAACUUAAAAGAAAAAUAAGCAAAAUGGUUAUAUCUGGAAAAUCACAAGAUAUACAAGUACAUCUUGAAAAUGGCGUACAGAUUAUUAAAUUUUGUCGAUCCAAAAAGAAGAACGCAAUUAAUUCUGAAAUGUACAUUGCAUUGACAAAUAUUUUAAAAAACUCUGCUGAAGAUAACAAAGUAAAAUUUACAGUAUUUACUGGUGAAGGUGAUUUUUUCUCUAGUGGGAAUGAUUUUAGUGUAGAUGCUGUAAGCACUGGAACACCAGAAGAACGUUUUGAAUUAUUCAAAAAUUUUAUUGUAUCGUUAAUUGAAUAUCCAAAAGUACUAAUUGCUGUUGUAAAUGGUCCAGCUAUUGGAGUUGCUUGCACAAUGUUACCAUUAUGUGAUGUGGUUUAUUGUUCUGAAACUGCGUAUUUUUUAACACCAUUUUCAAAACUUGGUUUAUGCGCUGAAGGAUGUUCAUCGUAUACUUUCUCGAAAAUAUUAGGAAAAUCAAAAGCAAGUGAAAUGUUAUAUUUUUGCCACAAACUAACAGCAAAGGAAGCUUUACAUUAUGGUUUUGUAUCCGAAAUUUUAACAAGUACUCAACUGAAGGAUGACAUAUGGAAGCGAAUACAGAAUUUCGCAAAAUUACCACAAAGUGGUAUGCGAGUUACUAAGCGUAUCAUACAAAAUGGAGAAAAAGAAUUUCUGCUGAAUUUAGCUAAACUUGAGACUGAAGGAUUAAACGAAGUAAAAGACACUGAGGAGACAAUGAAUGCAAUUCUUAGUCAAUUUCAGAGUAAACUGUGAAUAUAAAUUUUUUUCAAUUGUAUUAUUUUUUUUAUGAAUAAAUAUUUGUUAUAUGAAGAGUAUCAUGGAAAGUAA